CAUCGAAGCACACUCUGUAAUCAUCAGGUCGUAGUUACCGCUGUUUCUCUACUUCAGGUGCUUCUAGAACCCAUGGCUGCCGUGCCGCCAUCAGGCCUUCUAGGCCUUCCGAGUGUUGAUUCAUCCCUCAAGACUGCAAGGUUUGCUGCAGUUAAACGGUCCUUAGGCCUCGCCGCGUUCGACGGCGAACGGCACGGUGUGGGCUGUGGAAAAGAUUCGGUUGCGUGCCGUCGCCGUGUAACGUGCGCUGCAGCUUCGCCGCUGCCGUCGCCGGCUCCGGCCAUGCCUUCGUCGCGGAAAGACCCGAGUUGGCGCAGCAAGCAGGGAGAAACGAUCGUGCAGCCAGGUGGCGCAGAGCCGAGUGUGCGCGUGCCACGCGGCAUCGAGGACAUCUCCAACGGCGACCACAUCCUUGGAUUCGGCGCCGACCUCUCCCCGGACCACCCCGGUUAUCAUGACGAGGAGUACAAGCGGCGCCGCGCCUACAUCGCUGACAUUGCUAAACUGCACCAAGUAGGCACGCCCAUCCCGCGGGUGCAGUACAGCGACGAGGAGACGGCGGUGUGGGGCACGGUGCUCACGGCGCUGCAGCACCUCUACCCCACGCACGCCUGCUCCACGUUCCUGUACUCGCUGCCGCUCUUUGCCUUCUCGCCGCUCGCCAUCCCGCAGCUGCAGGACGUGUCGGACGUGCUGCACGCGCACACCGGCUGGCGCAUCCGACCCGUGGCGGGGCUGCUGCACCCACGGGACUUCCUCAACGGCCUCGCCUUCAAAUACUUCCACUCCACGCAGUACAUUCGGCACGGGUCGAACCCCAUGUACACGCCGGAGCCCGACGUGUGCCACGAGCUGCUGGGCCACGUGCCCAUGCUGGCGGACCCCGCCUUCAGCGCGCUGGCACACGCACUGGGGCAGGCGUCGCUGGGGGCCAGCGACAAGGACAUCUGGCACCUCACCAAGCUCUACUGGUACACGGUGGAAUUUGGUGUGCUGAUGGAGGGUGGCGAGGUGCGGGCGUUCGGAGCGGGGCUGUUGUCCAGCUAUGGCGAGCUGGCAUACAUGCGGUCAGGUGCGGAUGGGCGGUACCCCUUGUUUGCGGCGCUGGACCCGCUGGGCGCGCUGCCGCGCAUGAGCUACAAGGACGGCUUCCAGCGCUCCUACUUCCUCUGCCACGGCUUCCACGACCUUGCCGCCAAGCUGCACCGCUAUGCCGCUGCCAUGGCUGCUCGCACGCGGGCCGGAGGGGCGCAUUGAGGGCAUGUGCGGAAUGGUGCUCGAGCCCAUGGUGGAGGAGUGUAAAUAUGUUACAUACAUAGGUCUCUCAGUGGGAGUGCUCUAGUGUGGGUUUGAGUUAUGCUGACUGGAGGUCCUCAGCUUCAUUGGUCACAGGCAAUCAGUCCACGGUUGAGCGAUGCUGGCAUCUUGGUGACGCAGGCAAGAGAGCCAUGGACACAAGUGUGCUGUCUAAGAGUGUGUUGGUGCAACUGUAUAGUCCGAUUUUUACGCUAGUGCGGUUCAUAUCAUUGCGACACCAACCUGGAAGGGGUCCUAGGUAUCAAAGUUAACGAAUGACUAGAACCAUGACAUACAAGGGAAUAUAACCUAAUGGGUUGUACUUAUCAGA